CUCAACUCAUCAAACGUACAUUAUAAUACAUCUGUGAAAUACUUGCAUGCGAAUACAAACAUUUGUUCUACUUACACAAACAAAUAAAGUUGUCUGGUCACACAGACAUUAAACAACCCAUAAAAACAUUCCCACAUUUUUAAGGAAAUCCUAUGCUUUUUCCACCCUAUUCAAUCGCUACAAACGAACGGCGUAUUCAACAGUUCAAAAUGAAGUGACAGACAACUCAAAUGGCUUGCCAGACAACUAAUUUCACAUGACAGACAACUACAAACCAAUUUUAAACUACUAAGCCAUUACCAACUACUAAGAGAAAUCAACCAUAUAUGCACUUCAAGUAAUACACCAGACAACAAUAUGCACAAUUUAAAGUUGAAAACUAUACUAGUAAAACAAAAUCCAAAAUCCUUAAAAUUUUAAACUACUAAGCCAUUACCAACUACUAAGAGAAAUCAACCAUAUAUGCACUUCAAGUAAUACACCAGACAACAAUAUGCACAAUUUAAAGUUGAAAACUAUACUAGUGAAACAAAAUCCAAAAUCCUUAAAACAUAGGAGGACACAAACAAAAAAUUCGUAUAGGCAUUUGAACAAAUAUGUUAUGGGCAUAUUAAUGACUUAGAAUAGUUGGACUAAAUUUUAAGAAUAAACAUCACAAAUCCAUUACAAUAACACAACAUAUUAAACAAUUCAACAUUACAAGAUAUAUAGAUUAUUACACGUCAAAUAAAAAAUAAAUAAUAAAAAAUGAAGAAAGAUGAAAAAGGGGAGAAAAGAGGAAUACUGGGAAGGAAAUGUGCAGAGAGUGGUAGCUCAACUCCAUUGAAGAGGGUUGCAAACGGAGUUCAAGGAUGACCUCCUUUCACCAUAGCAUUGUAGCUCUCUUUCUCUCUCUUUGAAACGAAAAUAAGCAAAAGAGGGGAAGGUGAGACGAGGGGAGGGAGAAACGAGAGGUGGUGUUGGCCGGUGUUGUGGUGGGAUGCUCGGAUCUGGGUGGUUCGAAGUCGCAGGGGAGUAAGCCGGGAGUAGGGGCUGGUUGGGCUGGAGUUUUGGAAGGAAAGAAGAGCUGGGAGUAAAAAUUUGAGAUGGGAAGGAAGUGAGGUAAAAAAAGAGGGAUGAUUUAUAUAUGGGGUAUAAAUGGGGUAGUAAAUGAGGUACCCAUAGCAAUUUUGUUUUAAUUUUGGCAAACACUUCCUUUUCAGACUUUUAUUCCUAUCUCCCGUGCUUUUGAUACUCUUCACUGCUGCCGAGCAGAUUCCACGUUCUUAACCGGAAGCAGAAGUUUGACCGGAAUGACUCUGACGCUGAAAUCCGGAGACAUAGCCGGAUUCAAGGUGUUCUUCUCGCUCGCUGUUCUCUAUGGACUGAUGUCAAUCCUGGCGUACGCCGUUCUUCACUUGAAGUUUAUCACGCCUCUGGGAAUUGAUGCUCCACUCCACCAGUUCUCCGAAGCCAGAGCCAUCGAACACGUCCGCGUCUUAGCAGAAGACAUUGGGGGACGCCAGGAAGGAACUCCGGGUUUGAGACAAGCGGCUGAAUAUAUAAAAGCACAGUUGGAAACCAUGAAGGAGCGUGCUAGGCUUAAUGUUCGGGUUGAGAUAGAAGAGACUGUAGUGAAUGGUUCUUUCAGCAUGAUCUUUUUAGGUUACAGCAUCUCAUUUGCUUACAGGAACCAUACUAAUAUAGCUAUGAGAAUCUCAUCGUUGCAAUCAGGAGAUGAUGACCCGUCAGUCUUACUAAAUGGUCACUUUGAUACGGCACCUGGUUCUCCGGGAGCUGGUGACUGUGGCUCGUGUGUUGCUGCAUUACUUGAAUUAGCCAGACUUGCGAUUGAUUCAGGCUGGGUUCCUCCUAGACCAAUCAUAUUUCUAUUCAAUGGCGCAGAAGAACUAUUUAUGCUGGGCUCACAUGGGUUCAUUACAACACAUAGAUGGCGUGAUACAGUUGGAGCAUUCAUAAACAUUGAGGCCUCUGGAAUAGGGGGUUCUGAUUUGGUGUGUCAAUCUGGACCUGGCUCUUGGCCAUCACAAGUUUAUGCAAAGGCAGCUUUAUAUCCUACCGCAAAUAGUGCAGCUCAGGAUGUCUUUGGUUUUGUUCCCGGUGAUACAGAUUACAGAAUGUUCGCUCAAGAUUAUGGAAAUAUUCCGGGACUGGAUAUCAUAUUCCUGCUGGGGGGUUAUUUUUAUCACACAUCCUCUGAUACUGUUGAUAGACUACUGCCUGGGAGCAUGCAAGCGCGUGGGGAAAAUUUGUUCAGUCUGGUCAGAGCCUUCUCUAACUCAACUGAACUUCGGAAUGCCCAUGAACGCAAGUUGCAUGCAUCUUCUCAACAGGGGGGGUUAGCUGAUGAGCGUGCAGUUUACUAUGAUUUUUUUUCCUGGUUUUUGAUAUUCUACACUAGAAAGGUGGCCAUUCUGCUUCAUAGUACUCCUUUUGCUAUCUUUCUUCUUAUGCCACACCUCUUACGCUUUCAAGCAUGUGGAUUAGUUUGCUCAUUUGCUACAUCUUUUGCUUAUGUUAAGGCGAUGCUAUACCAUGCAGCUGGGUUUGUUCUAGCCAUUGCUAUUCCUGUAAUAUCCGCUGUUGUGAGAUUGUUUUUUUCUGGGCAUUCAAUGAACUGGUUCGCAAGUCCAUAUCUGGCAUUUGGAAUGUUUAUACCCUUCUCACUUAUUGGUUUGUUGAUACCUCAGUUUGUUUGGAGAGGUUUUCCUUCGUCACGGAAUAUUUAUCCCAGAUUAUCAAAUCAGGAAUUGGUUACUGAAGCUAGAUUUUGGGGAGCUUUUGGAUUUUACUCUGUAGUGACAUUGGCAUACCUUGUAGCUGGACUCAAUGGAGGCUUCUUUACUUAUUUAAUUUUAGUUUUUAUGAUUCCAGCUUGGAUUUCUUUCUGCCUAUGCAGCAAGACUUUUGGCCAUGAAUCUCUCAGGUCAACUGCAUCUUAUGUAAUACCUGUGAUUCCUUGCCUGAUGUAUGUGGUUUACUUUGGAGGGUUUCUGAUUGUUUUUGUGCUUGAGAAAAUGGGCAUGUCUGGCUCAAACCCUUCUCCAUAUGGUUAUUUUAUUCCUGAUGUUCUAGUAGCUGCCACAAUUGGAUUUGUAAGUGGUUGGUGUGUUGGGCCUCUUAUACCUAUUGUUGGCCAACAUUUAGCGAGGCAAUCCAUAAUGCAAUUCUUGCUGCACAUUGGUGUGCUUUUCUUGGCCAUGUCAUCACAGUUCUUUCCAUACAGCACUGAGGCGCCUAAAAGAGUUAUUUUUCAGCAUACAAUUUGGAAUGCAGUUAUCUAGCGCGAGACUGCGUUUAUGGCAACUUUUUAUUUACCAAGGACUUUUUGAUAGUGCAACCUCGGAACGUCAACGCGAUCCACCACCUGAAAUCUCACCAUGAUCACGCUGCCACAAUGGUAAAAUUGGUAAAUCUGGUUUAAAGUUGCCAGAUCUGUUACCCACUACUCCUUUUUCGUUACUGCCUACACUGGAAGAAGGGUUAUCAUCCGGUGACCCUCUCUAGAAUUUUUGGUGUCAUUUCAGUCGCUAGAAAACCUGCUCGCUGUGGACUUAUAGUACAUUCAUUGAAUAGGUACUGCGUGUACCUUGAACUUCAUCCGAUUGUCGUUUCAUCCGAUUGUCGUUACUUGGUACUGACACAAGAUUUCAUAUGUGUCAUCAGCGCCAGGUCAGACUAACUUGUUCCUUGUUAGAAUACAGAGGCAGGGCGGAAUUCAUUGGAAGUGGAACAGAGAUUCUAAAUUGAUAUGAAAAAGGAUACUAAAGCUUAGCAAGUGUGAUGUCUUGCCCAGAGCUCGUCCAGUACUGUGCUCCUAUGUUUUCUAAAGAAGUGUCUUGAUUUAUAGUGUCUCACAAUCUGUGAUAAAUAAAGCGAAUCAAUUGAUGCCUGAAGACUAUAAACCUAGCUCUACUAUUAGGUUGAUCAAAUCAAUUUUUCUUUUCACGGUUAGUUACACAAUACUUAGCAUAUCUCUGCUUGUUACGCUCUCUAUGCCUGCCAUAACCGCAUUCUCCAGGUAUUAUAAUAUAAGAUCAGACUGAAAUGUAGUAGCUCAUGGGAUCUCAUUUGUAAUAGUUGUUUGGCCAAGUCUGUGAUAUCAUGAACUGCAUUGCUGGCUUGCUGCCACUUGCCUAGAAUAUUGCUUCUAGUAUUUUUAAACUCAUACAGAGUUUGAAUGGACGGGAAUUUGUGUGGCGGAUUGAUCUCUUAUCAUAUCCCCCUCCUUUUCCUAUUGUCUUCUUUAUCUUUCUUAUGUUUUUAUCCUUUUUUUUUUUUAUUAUAUAUGUAUAGAAAUGUUCCUAUCAAGAAGGCCCAACUGAAACCGCCGGCCGGCUGCCUCCAUUUGAGGUGCUUCUGGGUGGAGUUUUUUAAUGAAAUUUUGUCAGCAUGUUUUUCAUGAAGUGUAGAUUAUGUCUACAAAAUUUCAGCUUGAGAAGUCAAUUAAAUAAAUUAUUGACAAACACUGCGUUUUAUAUGUAUUUUGGCACAAUGUUUUUCAAUAAUUUAUUUAAUCGACUUCCCAAUUUAAAUUAAAGCUGAAAAUUUGUAGACAUGAUCUACACUUCAUGAAGAACAUGCUUAUAAAAUUUCACCCGGAAGCACCUCAAACAGAGGCGGCAAUACAGGGGUUCCUGUCAGGAAGGCCUGAUUGGAACAUUACUCUCUCUCUCUCUAUUCUUUUUAUCAUUUUUAUCUUAUCAUUCUUAUGUACAAAGGAUAUCUUAUCUCUAUUUUAUCUUAUCUUUUUUAUCAUACUUUUUAUUUUUUUUGAGGCUCUGAUAUCAUGUAUCAAUUUAUGUUAGCCGACCCCAAAAUUUGUUGAGACCAAGGCUUGGAUGUUGUUGUCGUACAAAGUUUGAACAGAAGUCACAUAAUUGUUCAGGUUGAGGUAGUCGUUCUGGUGCCACUACAGUAGUACACUAUCUGUCUUACCAAGUCAUGCUGUUAACAAUUGUGCAAAUAGAUUUGACUUAGCUUGGUUUCAUUUCUCAGACCUGUCGUAAAGACUGAGGAUGCACUAAAUCAGAAGAUAGGGACUGGCAUAAAUUUUUUCACUGUUUUUUAUCUUUUAAUUUUUUAGAAUCUUAACCACCCCCUUUCUAGGCGAUUAACAACUCCUUGGCCAACAAACAAUAGUUCAGUGUGGUGAAAAUCUUGAGAUGGAUUAGUGGUGACUGGUUCCAGCCAAAUUCUGAGCUCCAGUUACGAUUUUGCCACAACUGAUUCCAACUCUAUGUUCUUUGUUUUUAAACACUUACCUGAAUUGCCGAAGGAGCUGCGUACUAACACAAAUUUAUCUCUUCAUAGUGUUGCUAAGUCUCACCCUGACGAUUGGAUGGGAAUUUUCCCAGUAAAUAACAUAUUUUCAACAAGUUUUAAGUUCCCUACAGAGCCUGAUUUAAUCAUGAAUCAGUACAAAAGCUUUCCACAUUUAUUCAAUCACAAGCCCCAGGAGCAGCUCAGUGGCGGAUAUCGUAGAAUAUACUUGGAAUUUGCUUUGGGCUCCAUGAAGGAGGUUUGGGUUUCAGUUCUUAAUAUAACAGGCCCUUUAUUCAGCUGGUCACUUGCAAAUAACAAACUUCCAGUUCCAGAAAGAGAUGGCAAUGGCCCUCCUUCAUAUAUAUGUAGAUUAAGCGGCGCAAGUAGUGAGAACUGGAAGUUCUGGUUAGAGGCAAGUAGCUCUGAAGAGAUCAGAGUCGAAGUUGGUGUAAUUGACCAGCAUCUAACAGAGAGACAGCUGAAGUUGAAAGGACUUUUCCCGGAUUGGGUGGAUGUCACAGCUUAUACUAGUUUCAGGUCCACUUAUGUGUUUUAGUCAACCAGACUUUGACUUAUCUCUUAGAUGGUAUGAUUCGUCCUGCCCAAUAGUUUGGCCGAUGUUUAUUAAAUUAUGCGUCUGCGCUGUUCUAAUAUGCAUAAAACUUCACCAGUAUAGAUUUGUCUCUUACAAUUCAUUUGUUCGUCAAAAGUUUGUUUAGUAGACAAGGAUCAGAGAAAUGAUUUUGUAAUGGUUGAAUUCCGAGUGAAUCAGAUUGGACAUCGUAAUGUUUAUUUCCUAUCAAUGUGUCAAGUAUCAUACACAAUUUUU